AAGAUCAAUGCCGAUUACAAAAAGAAUUUGUUGAAUCUCAAGAACAUCUUGCUUAUCAAAUUCACAAAGGAUCAUAUGGUCGUGCCAAAGGAGUCCUCGUGGUUCGGAUAUUUCAAAGAAGGAGACCUAGAGACGAUAGUACCGAUGAACGAAACGACAUUAUACACAGAGGACCGAAUCGGCUUGAAAAAACUACAAGAAACGGGUCGACUGCAUUUUCUCGAAGUAGAGGGCGAUCAUUUGAGGAUCAGCACUGAAGAGUGCAUUUUCUCGAAGUAG